AUGGCGCCGAUCGAAGAGCGUCGCUUUGGCUUCAGAAUCGAGAUACCUUCGCGUGCUAAAGCAUCCCGCCGACUGAGAAAAGUCGAAAGCCGCGUCUACGUGGCAGCGUCCUUGAGUCGAGAGCUCGGACUCACGCUGCUCGAUUGCCUCAGUCCCGGGGCUCGCGUCGAGGGAGGCCAGGGUUCCGCCGUGUCGUACGACCGAUCCCGAGACCAAUCAAACCGAAUUUUCGUCGGUGGCCUGACCGACGGCAUCGUCAAAGAGGAUUUGGAGCGCGAGUUCUCCAAGUACGGGAAGCUGAACCAUGUUUGGGUCGCACAGAACCCUCCGGGCUUCGCUUUCAUCGAAUUCGACGAUGAGCGCGACGCCAGCGAGGCUUGCAACGAGAUGAACGGAGCCAACGUGAACGGAUGCACCCUCCGCGUGGAACCCUCGCGAGGACGACGCUCCGGUGGCCGGGGCGGUCCGAGAGGAGGCCGAGGAGGAGGAGGAGGAGGAGGAGGGGGUUUCCGCGGUGGACGCGGAGGCUUCGGUGGCUCACGCGGAGGAGGCUACCGUGGUGGCCGAGAUUCGUACGGAGAUCGUUCCCGCCGUGGAGGAUACGGGGGAGGUGGUAACAACGGAGGCAGAGACUUCGGACGUCGAGAUGGUGGAGGCCGCCGCGACAACGAGAGACGCUACAGGUCCAGGUCACCUGUGAGCCAGAGGUAA